AUGGUUGAAAAAAAAGUAAACAAUAAAGAGGAAUCAAAAGUUAAAGUUAAAUUUAUUACAAACGAUCCAAAUAUUAGAGUAACAGAUACACCAAUUGCCGUACCAGUACGUUUAGCACGUUUAGGGCUUUCAGAAGUUAUUCAUCAUUUAAGAGAAGAUAUUGAAGAAAAUUCAAAACCAUUUGAUUUUCUUAUUAAUGGUAAAUUUAUUAGAACAACAUUAGAUACACACAUUAAAAAUAAUAGUUUAAGCGAAGAAGAUAUAAUUACAAUUGAAUAUUUAGAAGCAAUUACAGAACCAAAGAGAGAAAAAGAAUGUCAACAUGAUGACUGGGUUUCAAGUGUUCAUGGUGGUAAUUUUGGAUUAAUAGUUAGUGGUUCAUAUGAUUUAGGUGUUAGAGUAUGGGAUUCAGAAGGUAAUUUAAUUUCAACAGGUACUGGACAUUUAGCAGGUGUUAAAUGUGUAUCAUGGAUCAAUGAUAAAGAUAAUAGUAAUUUAAGUUUUGUAUCAGCAUCAUUAGAUAAAACAUUAAGAGUUUGGAAUUUCAAUAAAGAACAAUCAGAAAUUAAAGCAUUAGCAGUACUUAAAGAACAUACUGGUUCAGUUGAGUCAGUCGAUGUUUCACCAGAUCAAACACGUAUUGUUAGUGGUUCAAUGGAUGGCACUAUUAAAUUAUGGAGCAUUAAAAAUAUACCAAAUACUCCAGCUGCCGCACCAUCCAAUUCAAGUCUUAAAAAACGUAAAACUACCACCGCACCAGAAACCAUUCACGAAAUUACCGAGUCAAUUCAAUCAGUCUCUGUACCAAAUUGUCAAGGUAUUACCACCGUCAACUGGGAAACUCAAUUCCAAUUACUUUCAGGUUCAAUGGACCAUAAUAUCAAAUUAUGGGAUGUCAACACUUUAACUCAAACUGAAUCAAUUCACACCAGUUCAUCAUUAACCGAUAUUAGUUAUACUGUAGAGUCUGGACUUAUAGCAUCUGCACACAAAGAUAAAACAAUUCGUAUUUGGGAUCCAAGAGAAAGUGACCAAACUAAAGCUCAAAUUCAAUCAUUAUUUUCACAUAAAACUUGGGUAACCAGUGUCUGUUGGAAACCAAACUCAAAACAUCACCUUUGCUCAACUUCACACGAUGGUACUAUUAAAUAUUGGGAUAUUCGUACCAAAAUUCCAUUCUAUACAAUUGAUAAUUUAGAAAAAACAAAUGAAAAAGUUUUAACCUCAUCUUGGAUUAAUAAUAAUAAUAACGAUAACUAUUCAAUUGUUUCCGGUGGUACAGAUUCUAAAUUAAGAAUUCAUUAUAACGAUAAUAAUAAUUAA